UUAUUUCCCUUUCGCCGUCUUCGCGGUUGCUCUGUGGAUCGCUCCUGUUGUUUCUUGUGCCUCCUGCCCUCGCUCUUGUACUUGCUGCUGUUAUUGUCGACCACUGUGUUGAGCUUCUUGAAUAUUUUAUUCAAUGCGAUAUUUCUUGUUGUCAUUAUCUUGGGUUUGUUUGUGUUCUAUCAUAGCGACGAAGCUCGUCGUGGAUUCGUGUAACGGAGCGCAUGCUUUUUUGGAAGGUACAAUCAAUUAGACGGGAUUCCGACGGAGGUACCUGUGUUGUAUCAAGAUUCCGAGCUCCUCACUUGGAGAGAAAAGGCCUCAAGUCUAAAGCCCUAACCCCUUUCGAACGUCUGCCGAAAGUGGCCCCCAUCCCGCCCAGGAUGUGGUGGACAUCCUUGUCUUCCAAGUUGUAAUCCGGCUCAUUUUCUUGCGUACUGCAUGUCGUGCGUGCGGUGGCUGGGGACUGUAGGCACCUCAUCGUAGGUAUUCCGCACGGGGUCGUGCCUCACCUGAAACUCGCUCGCUUGUGGAUUCACCAACACCACGCACUCUCGAUAAAAUCAAAUCAGCAUCGCGUUUGUGCUUAUGAGACAGAUGCCUCGGUGCAGGCAUUCUCUAGCCGCAGGACUCACUGCCCUGUGCCUUGGCCGGCAAGCUGCGGUAGCACGAGCGAGCAGCUGUGCGUACAGGUUCGCGUCCUUCCCCAAUGUCAGUGACCUUCCAGUUUGGAACCUACCAGCUUCUCUGCCGUGGGGACCGGAGGCUUCGACAUUUGGCGGUGCAAACCCUAUCGUGUACCUAGCGGAUGACGGCACAGAAGAAGCCGUUGAUUGCACAGGCGACUCCUGGCGAUAUCAGGCGGCCAACGGGGAGUGGAAAACGGAGCUCAGUUUUCCCGCAACCUGGGAAAGCUCCGACGCAGCCCCGAUGGUGUCCUUUGAAGGAUUUUUCAACGCUACCGGCGACGGGGAGAUCACGGUAUCCGGAAUUCCGACCUCGAUCGCUCCGGCCGUGUCCGAUUCGCUGUACGGCCGAAAUAUUGAACUUGCUCUGACUUGCAACCAAGAGGACCAAAUCGUCAUGGAGGAGGAUUCUUGCGUACUAUUCCAGGUGGACUUUACGAACUACAGCCCAACCUUCGAUGUGAACAUGGCGCUCUUCCGGUUCGAAGAUCCAGCCGUGCCCGGGAUCGAGAUGCCUCUGGCCCAGCCUUUAUCUCCAGGGGACAUUCAACUGAACGAAGGCAACCCAGUAGUUGAGCUUGACGGGUCUGAAGUCAGUUGGGGGUGCAACGGAGAUAUGGCCGAGUACCUGGGAGAGGAUGGAGAGUGGUACUUCUGGUUUACUGGGAGCGACGGCCAGCCGUACAACCUCACGCACGUUUUCUACACCACCGACUUUGACCAGCUACAUAUCGCCACGAUCCAGUCGGCCUGGAGUCCAAAUCUCGAGGCCGCUUUGCACAACCGCUACGUCAGAUUGCUGAUUCACUGCAGCAACCAAGUGAACCACGAAGACGGGUACUUGAUAUUUAAGAUCGGGGGUCAGGAGUUCGACGAGUCGUGUGACGACCACUCGGGCCUUUGCGUACAUGACGGCCCUGAUGACGACACCGACAGCGGGGUACGCUGCGAAACCGGCAUCGGCUUAGCCUACGUGCUGACAUUCGUGGUGCUAUCAUUGCUUUUGGCGUUUUGA